AAGCAGGGAGACAUAAUGAUCGGGGGGAUUUUCCCAGUUUUAAACAAGGAGAUAAGUGACACUUUUACGUUCGAGAGUGAGCCACCUGGAGUGAAGUGUGCAGGAUUUGACCUGCGAGCUUUUCGGUGGGCCCAAGUGAUGAUAUUUGCAAUUGAAGAAAUCAACAAUGAUCCUGCUCUCCUGCCAAACAUAUCUCUUGGCUAUAGGAUCCUCAACUCUUGUGCAUCUCCAACAAAUACUUUACGUGCUGCACUAACACUGGCUAGUAGACCAGAGGAGAUAGAGUUGACUUCCCCUUGUCCUCCAGCUAUAUCUGCUCUCAUAGCAGAGUCAGGAUCAUCUCAGUCUUUAGCUGUGGCUGGAACUCUUGGACCAUUUCAAGUGCCAAUAGUAAGUUACUUCUCAACAUGUGCCUGCCUGAGUGACAGAGCUAAAUAUCCUACAUUUUUUCGAACAAUUCCCAGCGACUAUUUCCAGGCAAAAGCUUUGGCAGCAUUAGUCAAACAUUUUGGCUGGCAGUGGAUUGGGGCCAUACAGUCAGACAAUGACUAUGGGCGAAAUGGAAUCCUGGCUUUUACUGAAGAGGUUAGAAAGCUUGGGGUUUGUAUUGAAUUUGUCGGGACAGUUCUACGUACGUACACUAUGGAUAAAAUUCUGGAUGUUGUGGAAAUGAUCAAGCAUUCAACUGCCAAAGUCAUUCUUGCUUUUGUUCCAGAGGGUGACUUUUACCCUUUGAUGAAAGAGGUUGUGAAACAGAAUAUUACAGGAAUUCAGUGGAUUGCCAGUGAGGCCUGGAUAACAGCAUCUCGACCUUCCACCCCUGAAAUCUACCAAGCUUUUGGUGGUGCCCUGGGGUUUGUGGUGCAGAAGAUGGCAAUUCCAAAUCUAAAACCAUUUCUUACAAGAUUAAACCCUCAGAUGUAUCCAAAUAAUCUUUUGGUUAAGGAGCUCUGGGAGGCUCUGUAUGGUUGCAAUCCUUCUUUGUCCUCUGGCACCCAAUUACCUCCCUGCACAGGGAAGGAGUCCCUGUUGGAGCAGCAUUCAGCCUACAUGAAUACAUCCAGCCCUAGAGUAGCAUACAAUGUCUAUAAGGCUGUAUAUGCAAUUGCUCAUUCCCUCCACAACCUUCUUCUCUGUCAACCAGGCAGUGGGCCUUUUCAAAACAACUCAUGUGCUCAAAGCAACAACAUACACCCCUGGCAGCUCCAAUACUACCUCCAAGAAGUGACAUUUAACAUUGCCGGGGAGGAGGUGAACUUUGACCUGAAGGGUGACUCCAUACCCUAUUACGAUAUCAUCAACUGGCAGAGAGGCACAGGCGGAAACAUUGAGUUUGUCAACGUCGGGUUGUUUGAUGGAACCAAGCCUGCUGGAGAGGAGCUGGUGAUCCAGGAAGACAGGAUAAUUUGGGCAGGGCAUCAGAGUGAGGUGCCAGUGUCUGUAUGCAGUGCCAGCUGUCUUCCAGGGUCCCGGAAGGCUGUCCGUCGUGGGGAGCCUGUUUGCUGCUUUGACUGUGUACCAUGUGACAGUGGCAAAAUUAGCAAUCAGACAAACUCAAUAGACUGCAGAUUUUGUCCCAAGGACUUCUGGUCAAACAAAGACAGAACAGCCUGCAUCCCUAAGAAGGAGGAGUUCUUGGCUUAUGAUUCCUUGGGUAUAGCCCUGACAGUGACCUCUGUGGUGGGUGCCUGCCUCACUAUGACUGUCUUUGCAGUCUUUUUCUAUCAUAGAAACACAGCCAUUGUCCGUGUGAAUAACUCUGAACUCAGCUUCUUCAUCCUUUUUGCACUGACUCUGUGUUUCCUGUGUUCCUUGGUGUUCAUUGGAGAACCAACACCUUGGUCCUGCAUGCUGCGCCACACUGCCUUUAGCAUUACAUUUUCACUGUGUCUCUCGUGCAUUCUGGGGAAGACUCUGGUGGUGUUGGCUGCUUUCACUGCCACCAGGCCAGGGGACAACAUCAUGAAGUGGCUGGGGCCCAAGCAGCAGAGGUUCAUUAUUUUCAAUUGUACUCUGGUUCAGGUGGUUAUCUGUGCUGCCUGGCUCAUUGAUGCUCCUCCUUUUCCAUCCCGAAAUACAAAAUAUGAACGCUCAAAGAUCAUACUGGAAUGUAGUGUUGGCUCCAGCCUCGCAUUCUGGUGUGUUCUGGGAUAUAUUGGUCUACAGGCCUGUCUGUGCUUUGUAUUAGCUUUUUUGGCCCGCAAGUUGCCAGGUAACUUCAACGAGGCCAAGUUCAUCACUUUUACCAUGUUAAUCUUCUGUGCUGUGUGGCUAGCAUUUAUCCCUGCUUAUAUCAGCUCCCCUGGAAAAUAUGCAGAUGCAGUUGAGUCAUUCGCCAUUCUGGCUUCCAGUUUUGGCUUGUUGGUCUGCCUGUUUACUCCAAAGUGUUACAUUAUUUUGAUAAAGCCAGAAAAGAAUACAAAACAGCACCUAAUGGGAAAAGACAAUAAGCAUAAGUGA